AUGGGUUAUCUUGUCACUAUUGCUAUUAGAGAGCUAGAGAGCCGAGCAUUGAAGAGAGUCAACGACGAAGGAGAGGCUUCAGAACAGCCGGGAGCCACCAGAACACACAACCGGGGAGCUGAGGUCUCGAAUUCGAACUCGGGUCCGCCCCGGCGCCCCGCCCGGAAGCCGCCCACUGCGCGCGUGGCUCGGGGCGGCCGAGGCGCGCGGCGCCGGGAAUCCCGAGCGGAGUUGGAAGCCGGGCCCGUUCAUUUGCAUGCUAAUACCCAGAAUGCUUUUCCCCGCACACCGCUUCUCUUAAUGGAAGCGCUCAGUUUGGAACCGUGGAAAGUUUGGAGCACAUACUUUGCUCCCUCUUCGCAACUGUGGGAACUUCCUCCCCGCGCACGCGGUGCCCGCAGCCCCGGGCUCCGAGCCGGCUGGUGGCGGCCGCCAGCACUUCCCCGGCAGGCGGACCUCGGCAUCCAACCCGCGCGCGGCAGCAUCCCCAGGCCCGCCGGGGACAAAGCGCCCUGGCCUGCCGGCGGGGCCCCGGCUGGAGCGCUCGGCGACUCUCUGGGUUGCGGGCGCUGGGGAUGCUCCCGGCCUCGGGACGCUUUACGGCGCUCCCCGGGCCCGCCAGUACCCCCGGCUGUCUGGGGGCUGCCGGGGCGCGCGGAGCCCCCCCGUGCCUGUCCACCGCCCUUGCCUCCGUGUGGUCGCUUCCCCGAGCCAGUGACUUCCCGCUCCCCGGGGCACAAAGCUCAACGUGUGGCGGUCUGGGAGAAGGGCUGGACGGUGACCUCCUCUCCGCAGCUCUCCCGGGCACGCAGCCCCCUCGGUUCGGCCCGUGAGAGGGGUGCAGCAGCAGCAGCUCCGGAGGCUCGGCCUGCCCCCGGCCAGGACCCCGGGCCCUCGCUGGCGCUGCGAGCGGGAAGGCGGUCGCAGGCGACUUCUGGGGAUUUGGCGCAUCAAAGUGGGGCUCCGAAGGGUAACCGACGCCCGCUCGACUUACGGGUGCACACCACAGGCUGGGGGGCCCGGGUCUGCACCCCUCGGCCCCUCACCCCUCCCUCCCGUCCGCUCGCCGCCACUCUCGGCGGGGAGGGAGGGACAGCGGGAGCUGGUUUGCUGGCUAGGCGCUUCGUUUGCAUUGGGGUGAAAGUGCAAGAGGAAGUGCAGCCGCUGCCAUCUUUCCUCCGCUCCGAACACACGGAGGCCGGGGCCGCAGCGCCGCCGCUCCGCCGCCGCCUUCGCCCGGCCCCGGGAAGGGCCCACCCAGCCGCCGCCACUGCCCGCUCGCUCCAGCGUUCGCCGUCGCCACCGCCCGCCAGGCUCCGGGACCAGGCCCGCGCUGCCGCCCCCGUGCGCGCCCCGCCGCCGCCGCCUUCGCCUUUUGUUUCCUCCGCUCCGGCGCCCCCGCCCCGGCUCGCGCUUUGCAGGGGACGCAGCGCGCGCCCCCAGCGGGCCCGGGAAAGCCGCGGCGCGCGCGCGCACGCCUGCGCGGCAGACCCCUCCGCCUCCUCCCCGCGCGCGCGCGCCCCUUUUGGCUGCGCGCCGGCGCCGCCUGGCGGGCGGGAGGGGAGGUGGCAGGCGCGAUUGCGGGAGGGGCGCACCUCUUUGCUCGCGUACCCCCCGGAGGUAGACCUAGAAGGGGAGGCGGGCAGGCGGCGAGGGGAGAGGAGCGCUCGGUCCAGCAGGGGUGGGGGCAGCUAUGUGGGAGGUGGUGCGCCCUGCGGUCUAGACAGUCCGAUCCGGGCAGGGGGCGUGUGCGCUCGGCGCACCUGCGAGACUACAGAGCCCCGGGCCGGCACGUGUGGGGAGUGUAGAUCCGUCCGCUGCGCCCGGCUUCUCGCUGCCUAG